UUUUUUGAAACUUCUUCCUUUACAAAUAUAUACAUAUAUUUAUACAUAUAUAUAAAUAUAUGUAAGCCUUUUUUUUUUUGUGUGUGUGUGUAUAUGUAUAUUUAUUAAACAUGACAUCUGUUGCCCCUACCACUCAAUGUGACUUUACUUCUUCUGUUAAUAAGGAGUAUAAAAAAUCUCAUAUACAUAAAAAGAAAACAGGAGCCAAAAGGAUAAGAUCCCUAAAAGUUAGACAGCAAUUAUUAGAGUAUUGUAACUUUUCUCCUAACAAGAUUCAGCCACGUUCAUCAGCGAAGAGAACAGUCAUCACUACUAUUGAAAACAAACAAGAAGCCGAUGAAGAAAACACUACAAGUCAAUAUGUCUUAACAGAAACUCAAGCUAGUAACAUCUUGAUUGAUUUAGCAAAUAGUCAGCAACAGAAGAAGACAAUGACAGUAGUGUCUGAAAAAGACAAACAAAAGGAAAAAGAAGUAAUAGAAAAGAAAAAAGAGGUCAACUUUAGAAAGCCGGCAAGAAUGAUUGCAAUCCCUAAAAGAUCUAUUAAAAAGCCCUCUUCUUCAAAUAUUCAUGAUCCUCUUGGCCUUCUUUUAGCAGCAGCAGAAGCUAUUCAUAAUGAGGAUAAACUGACUAAGAAUAUAAUAACUGUAAACAAUCAACAAGAAAGAAAGAGAAGACAUAAUGAUAUAGAUCCUCUUAAGACUGAUGAUAAUAACACAAAGCAUCCCGUUAAUAAGAAACGUCAAAAAAGAACAGCAUCUAACGUCAAAAAUAAUAGCAAAACAAAGCCAGCUAAAAAAGAAAAUAACAAGGACGCCACUACAAAGCAACAAAAUCAAUCCAUAGAAUAUAGUCUUAAGAUAAAGCGAAAUGCUUUACAUGCAUAUAUAUCAUACAUGAUAUAUAAUAGUAGUAUAGCACAAAAUAAUACACCAAAUAUAAACAGUCAUAAGGUAAGCAUAAGUACAUGAAUGUAUUCAUAUACUAACCUAUUCUAUAUAUAUACUUCAAGUAAAACAGUAGUAGCAACAUCAAUAACCACGAGUUUUAUCCUCUCUCCUCCCCCUCCAACUUUUCCCUACCAUUAUGACUAUAAUUCUUCUCCUCUAUUAUGGUUUUCACUAUGACUACCAUCAUCAUCGCAGUAGUACCAGAAGCGAGAGUCGCAGUAGUAGUAGUAGUAGACAUUCUUCCUUCAUAAAACGAAAAAAAAACGAAACAAAACAAAAAAACAAAAACAACAACUGGGCCACUCCUUUAGCAGAAAAGGAAAAAGAACCAACUUUUCUUAUAAAAGAAGUAUCUACGGUAGAAUAAUUACAAUUAUUUAAUUGACAAAUUUCCUUCAAUUUGGAACCGAAUCUUAAAUAUAUUUGUUAGCUGACAGUUUUCCUUUCAACUUUAAAUAUAUUUGUUAAUAAAUUAAGUUUUCAUACUUGUAUAUACAUUGAUUCAUAAUAAACAGUGG